CUUUUAGGAGCCAGGUCCUUUAGGUGAGUCCCAGCAAUUGGCCCUCAAAGCCCAUUGAGAAUCCUGGUCAAAGUCAGUUUCUCCCAAGCCUGGUGCUGUCCCUUAUCCCCACACCCCAGCUCAGUGUGUGCCCCCACUCUCCUGUACCCCAAAAGUGCUGCUUCUCCCAGCUUUUGGAUCCUGCAGGAGUUUCCCAAUCCCUGGAUUGUUUCAAGUUUUGUUUUCCAAAGUCGGCCAGAAUGGAGCAAGGGGAAAGAACUGGAUUGGUGUCCCAGUCAGGCAACAGACAGCCGUUGCCAUGGAGAUCGUGUACGUGUACGUCAAGAAGCGCAGUGAGUUCGGAAAGCAAUGCAACUUCUCAGACCGCCAGGCAGAGCUGAACAUCGACAUCCCGCCGAACCCCGAGCUGGCUGAGCAGUUCGUGGAGCGGAACCCGGUGGACACGGGCAUCCAGUGCUCGGUCAGCAUGUCGGAACAUGAGGCCAACACAGAGAGGUUCGAGAUGGAGACCCGGGGAGUGAACCACAUCGAGGGGGGCUGGCCCAAGGAUGUGAAUCCCCAGGAGCUGGAGCAGACCAUCCGCUUCCGGAAGAAAGUGGAGAAGGACGAGAACUACAUCAACGCCAUCACGCAACUGGGCUCGAUCAUGGAACACUGCAUCAAACAGAACAACGCCAUUGACAUCUACCAGGAGUAUUUUGAUGAUCAUGAAGCCGUGGAGGUGACCGAGGAGGCCCCUUCGGCCAAGACCAUCAAUGUUUUCAGGGACCCCCAGGAGAUCAAGCGGACAGCCACGCACCUCUCCUGGCACCCCGACGGCAACAGGAAGUUGGCGGUGGCCUACUCCUGUCUGAAUUUCCAGCGUGCCCCUUUUGGCAUGAGCCACGAGUCUUACAUCUGGGACCUGGAAAACCCCAACAAGCCAGAAAUCACGCUGAAGCCGUCUUCUCCGUUGGUCACCUUGGAGUACAAUCCCAAAGAUUCCCACGUGCUCAUCGGCGGCUGCUACAACGGGCAGAUAGCCUGCUGGGACACCCGGAAGGGUAGUCUGGUGGCCGAGCUGUCCACCAUUGAGUUCAGCCACCGAGACCCCGUGUAUGGCACCAUCUGGCUGCAGUCAAAGACAGGAACGGAGUGCUUCUCAGCGUCCACGGACGGGCAGGUCAUGUGGUGGGACAUCCGCAAGAUCAGCGAGCCCACCGAGGUGGUGAUCAUGGACAUCAGCAGGAAGGAGCAGCUGGAGAACGCCCUGGGGGCCAUCUCCCUGGAGUUCGAGUCUACUUUGCCAACCAAGUUCAUGGUGGGCACCGAACAGGGCAUCGUCAUCUCCUGUAACCGCAAGGCCAAGACCACAGCCGAGAAGAUUGUGUGCACCUUCGGGGGCCACCAUGGCCCCAUCUACGCCCUGCAGAGGAACCCCUUCUACCCCAAGAACUUUCUCACCGUAGGCGACUGGACGGCACGCAUCUGGUCAGAGGACAGCCGGGAGUCGUCCAUCAUGUGGACCAAGUACCAUAUGGCCUAUCUCACAGAUGGUGCCUGGAGCCCCACGCGGCCGGCGGUUUUCUUUACCACCAAGAUGGAUGGGACCCUGGACAUCUGGGACUUUGUGUUUAAGCACUGCGACCCGGCCCUCAGCCUGAAGGUGUGUGACGAGGCCCUCUUCUGCCUCCGGGUGCAAGAUACGGGGGGCCUCGUGGCCUGCGGCUCCCAGCUGGGGACCACCACACUGCUGGAGGUGUCCAGCGGGCUCUCCACCCUGCGGAGGAACGAGAAGAACAUUGCGUCUUCUAUAUUUGAGCGUGAGACCCGGCGGGAGAAGAUCCUGGAGGCCCGGCACCGAGAGAUGCGGCUGAAGGAGAAGGGCAAGGCAGAGGGCAGGGACGAAGACCAGAAUUACGAUGAGCUGGCCAUCGACCUGGACCAGCUGGUCUCCAAGGCUGAGGAGGAGUUCUUCGAAAUCAUCCAUGCCGAGAUGAAGAAGAAGGAGGCAGAGGCCAUGCAGAAAAAGUCCAAAAUUCAAGAGCAAGUACCCACACUGGAGUCCGAGGAGUAUCUUGUGGGAGACGGCAUGGAAGAGGAAGAAGGGGAGGAAGAGGAACAGACCGACGCCUAGGAGGUCGGCCCUUGCUUGGAGUGUUAUUCCCACUGUUCUUUCCUUCCCUGUCUGCUGGUGUGACCGUGGCUGGAGGUGUAGGAGCUGAGCCUCCCCCUAGAGGGCGACAUGAAGGUGGGGAGGCAGCAGGCUGACCACUCCACUCCUACAGAGUGGCUCAGGGGAGCCAAGGCCAGGUGGGAGCGAAGGGGCAAGGUUUGUCCCCGCAAGGGCUGUCCACUGUCUCUGAGCACCCCUGAGGCUGUGCCCACCUUAGGGUCCACACAACCUUCGAACCCAGCCCUUCACCAUCUCCUGCCUCCACAAGCCUCCACUGGGCCUGCCCCGACCCUGGGAAGAGUGGCAGGAGGCAGAGCGAGUUUCUCCAUCUAACCUGUCGACCCUUCUCAGCCACCUACACGCCAGGAGAGACAUCUGGCCGCUUUCUGAGCAAGUUCCCCGGACUGUGCUCAC